CAACCCAGCUGCUCCGCUGCCCAGCCGCCCCGCCAUGGCCGACUUCAUCUACCAGCUUCCCGCUCGCGUUCUGGACGAGUUGUGCCGCAGUAUGGACACGCUUAGCGAGUGGGACUGGAUGCAGUUUGCCUCGUAUGUGAUCACGGACCUGACCCAACUUCGGAAGAUCAAGUCCAUGGAGCGUGUGCAGGGUGUGAGCAUCACUCGAGAGCUGCUGUGGUGGUGGGGCAUGCGGCAGGCCACGGUGCAGCAGCUGGUAGACCUCCUGUGUCACCUGGAGCUCUACCACGCUGCCCACAUCAUCCUGAACUGGACACAGGUUCCCAAACCCAGCUCUUCCCUGCCGGCCUUCCCAGGACCUAUGAUGCCAGGGCCUGUGGCAGCUGCUGAACAAAGCACAGAGGAGACCAGGAACAGCAGGGAUCCCCAGGGGCCAGUCAUCUUUCAGGGCCCAGGGUCUGCUCUGCCCAGAGCCCACCAGCCGGCUUCCCUGCUGCUGCCUUCUGUAGAGGACACUGCUCAUUCCAUAAAGACUGACCUCCCUGCACCACUGGACUCCAAGGUGAAGCCACCUUCUUAUGCCUUCGCCACACCCCUAGAUUGGGGUCCCCUUCCAAGAGUGCAUUCUUCAUCCUGGAGACCAGCCGCACAGCAUAGUGUGGUGCAGCCUGUGAUCCCAGCACUUGGGAGGCAGAGACAGAAGAAUCCUCCCAAGUUUGAGGCGAGCAUAGGCUACAUAGAUGUCAGCACUUCCAUUCCUAAGCAAGAAAGAUUUCUGAGCUGUUCUGGAGACAGCCUUCUCUGGAGUGAGGCCGAUGUGGUCCAGGCGACCAGUGACUUUGGCCCAAGCCACAGGAUCGGCAGGGGCAUCUUUGCUGAUGUGUACCGAGGGCAGAGACAUGGGGUCCUCUUGGCCGUUAAGAAGCUCCGAGAGGCAGCCUGCUCGGGUCCAGGGUCCCUAGAAAGGUUCCUCCAGGCAGAAGUGCAGGUUUGUCUCCGAUGCUGCCACCCCAACGUGCUGCCUUUGCUGGGCUUCUGCACCGGCGGACAGUUUCACAGCCUGAUCUACCCCUACAUGGCAAAUGGUUCUCUGCAGGACAGACUGCAGGGCCAGGGUGGCUCAGACCCCUUGCCCUGGUCCCAGCUUGUCAGCAUCUGCUCAGGGCUGCUUCAUGCUGUUGAGCACCUACAUAUCCUGGACAUCAUCCAUGGCAACAUCAAGAGCUCCAAUGUUUUGCUGGGUGAGGAAUUCACCCCUAAACUGGCUCAUCCAGUGGCCCAGAUGUAUCCGGUCGACAAAAGGUCAGAAUACACAGUGAUGAAGAGCCACCUUUUCCAGGCCUCAGCAGCAUAUGUGCCUGAAGACUUCAUCAGGGUCGGGCAGCUGACCAAGCGUGUGGACAUCUUCAGCUGUGGAAUAGUGUUAGCAGAGGUCCUCACUGGCAUUCCUGCGAUGGACAGUGGCCGGAGCCCCGUGUACCUGAAGGAUUUACUCCUCAGUAAAAUUCCAAGCUCCAGGAAGACUGGGGUGGAGAAGGUGAUGGCAAAGGAGAUUUGCCAAAAGUACAUGGAGAAGAGAGCCCGAUUGCUGCCAGAGGACUGUGCCGAGGCCCUGGCCACAGCUGUCUGCCUCUGUCUACGGAGGCACAACACUGGCUUGCAGAAGGCUCUGAGCUCUGUCGCCGCCGUGGAGGAGCGGCUCCGAGGGUGGGAUCCGCUGCGGCCUCGGAGCGGCUGCGGGGCCCAGGGCGCUCCAGAGACUUCAUGGAAAAUUGAGAUAAAUGAGGCCAAAAGGAAACUGAUGGAGAACAUCCUGCUCUACAAAGAGGAGAAACUGGACAGCAUUGAGCUUUUCGGACCCUGAUGACUGGAAGAAGCUGAGGACCCUUGUCCUCAACUGGAAAGACAAGCACCUAACCCAGGAAAGGGGCUGUGGCAGAAUCGAGCAUCUGCCAAGAAACACAACACAAGCAUUAGCUUUCCCAGUGCCUUUCGCCAGUGAAUUAGGGAGAAGGGACCUCAGUUCUCUUUUCUGUUUUUUCUUUUUCUUUUUUUGGUGAUACUGGGGAUUAAAUCUAGGGUUUUGCACUAGGCAAGCUCUGCCACUGAGCCGUACCCCCAGCCCUUUAUAUUCUUUAUUUUGAGGCAAGUCUCCAUAAGUUGUCCUGGCUGGCCAUGAACUAGUGAUCUUCCUGCGUUAGCCUCCUGAGUAGCUGGAAUUACAGGCCUGUGCCACUGUGCCUGCUAUAACCUCAGCUUUCUCU